CCCGACCUCUUCCUCAACACCCUGAGCAGAGGGGUGGUGAGCAACCUGGCUGGAGAGGAGAACACCCUCAUCCUGACCGAUGCACGCUGCCUGCCCGGCACUGAGGGCGGCGGUGCCUUCCUGCCCUCGCCCACUGGGCCCCGCUUGGUGGCCAUCAUCACCGCCUCCUUCUGCUGGAAGGGCGCUGAGUGGGUCGGGCUCACCCUGCUCUGUUCCCUUGCUGCCAUCCUGCGCAGCAGUGCCUGUGUCCUGGAUGAAGCCGGAGUCGUGGUGCCGCUGGUGCCGGGGCGGGUGGCUGUGGUGCAGGCAGGGGCACGGCUGCUCCUCACCUGCCGGCACGUGGUGGAGGCGAGGUCCCCACUCAGUGUGACACUGGGACCCAGCCCCAGCAAGUGAGUGUUCCUCAGGGGGCACGUGGUGUUUGCCACCAAGGAGUCGUCACCCUUUGACGUGGCAGUGGUGGAGCUGGAGGAGAGCGUGUCGGGCUUCAUCCCCCCGCACCUGGCCGACACCUUCCUCCCAGGAGAAGAGGUGAGCGUGGUGAGCUUCGGGGCGCUGGGGCGGACGUGUGGCCCCUCGGUGACAGCAGGCGUCCUCUCAGCCGUGGUGAUGGUGGCCAGGUGCCCCAUAAUGCUGCAGACCACCUGCGCUGUCCACGGGGCCCUGGUGAUGUGGGUGAUGCUUCUCUCCCUGCCAGGGAUCGUGGCCAGCAACACCAGAGACACCGGUGCAGGGGCCACCUACCCCCAUCUCAACUUCUGCAUCCCCAUCACCGUCCUGCAGGCCCCCAUCACAUGCUACCGCCGCACGGGUGACCCCGCAGCCUUUGCUGUGCUCAACCGGGCAGGUGAGGGAGUGCAGGCAGCCUGGCGGCUCCAGCAGCA